UGCUAGAGCAGCUUCAAAGCGCGCGCGCACGCGCAGGGAGGAUGCAGCUCAUGGUUCAGACAACAGCCGCGGCGCUGAAGUAAAGAACCGGCGUGGACCAAGCAGACGCAGCGACACCGACUCCCGCAAACACCGGGACCAGAGCAUCCGGUGUCCGGGCUGCAGCUCCCGCCGGUCCGGACCGAACCUCCACCAGCACCCCACCCCCUCCACCCCUUCUUGUCUUCCCGCCGCCACGGUGUGAUUGUGUGUGAGCCCCGGAGUGGAGGGAGGAUGAAGAAAAGCAACCAAAGCAGACGGGUCAUUCAGGACUCCGGUUCGCUCGCCAUCCAGCAGCUCGAGAAGGCAGGUUGGAUCCGGAAGUUCUGUGGUCGAGGGAUUUUCAGGGAGCUGUGGAGGAGCCGCUACGUGAUUCUGAAGGGAGACCACCUCUUCAUCUCGGACAAGGAGGUGAAAGACGAGCGUAAAGCACAGGAAGUGUUUGACCUGGCUGAUUACGAGCGUUCGGAGGAACUGAGGAAGGCGAAGAGUCGGAGCAAGAAAAAUCACAGCCGCUUCACGGUGCUGCGCUGCAGACACCGAGGAAACACUGUUCCUAACUUGGUGUUUCUGGCUGUGAGUCCCGAGGAGAAGGAGUCAUGGAUCAAUGCCCUCAACGUGGCCAUCAUCAAGGCCAAGAACAGAGUUUUGGACGAGGUGACCUUAGAGGAGGACAGCGCUCUGGCUCAUCCCACCAGAGACCGAGCGAAGAUCCCUCACAGCCGCCGGCUCCCGACCCGAGGACACCUCAUGGCCGUGGCAUCCACCUCCUCUCACGGCAUGCUGACCCUUGACCUGGUUGCCGAGGAGGACGGCUUCCCCCCGGACUACGAUGACGACCUGCAGGAUUCCUGGGAGAACAGCUUCCGGGUGGACCUGCAGAAGGAGGGCUCCGGUGGGGGUCGUCAGAGAGCCGGCACUGACGUCUCCAAGCUCCGGGCCACGCCCAAAGAGCCUAAAGUGAAGACGAGCAGUUUACCCCGAGGGAGCGAGCUCUCCUGGGGCAAGCAUCUGGAAGUCCCCAAAGUCCACAAGAACCAGCAAGUCCAGGUCCUCCAGGCUCAGUCUCGGACGCCUCAGCCGGGGAAAAGAUUCAGCAUGCAGGGUCGGAGUCGCUGCGCCUCCAUGGACGAAGUCCUGUCCUCUAGGCCUGCAAUGAUCCGUUCAGAGUUUCGUUCGGCUCUGCGUCGCUGUACAACUGAGGAAGAGGCCGGGAGCGGGGCUUCCGCCCAGCCCGUCGGUCAGCUGCAGAGUCUCAUCGCACAGAAGAUGCAGCGAGCUCAGGAGCUGCUGGAGGAGAUGAGACUGCAGGAGCUGCAGAAGGCCAAAGCCGAGAGAGAACACGGAGGCAGCUCGACGUACCUGAAGGGCGUCGACUCCCCUCGACUCCAUCACAUCCGGGGCUCUGACUCCCCCCAUUCCAGCAGGUCGUCUGGAUCCCCGAGGAGCAGGAGCAGCGAUUCGCCUCGCCUCCGGGGAAAAGACUCUCCUCGUUUGAGAGGAAGGGAGUCUCCCCGAUCCAAAGCCAAGAGGAACCGUUCCAAAGGGACAGACUCGGCCCGCUCCAGAGGAUCCCACUCGCCCGCGGCUAAAGUCACAGACUCUCCUCGACUGAAAGAUUCUCCGCAUCUGUCUGGAUCUCCUCGAUCUAAGAGCUCAGACACGGUCCGCUCGCCAAAACUCAAGGGAUCUUCCAGUAAACGGGAUGCCUCUCCUGCACAGAAGACACCUGAAACCUCCUCCUGUCCCAAAGGAUCCCACUCCUCUCAGGUUAAAACACCUGAUUCACCACAGACCAGCAAAUCUGACUCCCUUGGCACUGGGAAUCCUUUGAGUCAGAAUUCCCCGAGAGUGUCUGGAUCCUUCGAUUCCUUGCGGCCUAAAACCCCAGACAAACAUAGCCUCUCCCCUCCUCUUGCAGCCUCACAUCUCUCAGAGGAGGACCCGGAGGUGGAGAGCCGGCGUGCCGAGGCUGAGCGCCUUCUGGAGGAGGCGGUGUCAUCGUGGAAAGAAGCGCAGGAGGUCCUGCAGGAGGUGAAGGAGCUGCAGAGCCAGACGCUGAGGCGGCAGCGCAGGAGGACCUACGAGAAAAUGACGACAUCAGCGACGACGUCUCUGCUGUCCGCGGCAACCACCGCGGCCGAGGAGGACGAAACCCCGGCGUCGCCGACGUCUCCGGAGGACGACGACGGAUCCGAGACACCUUAACGAAAAAAAUCUCUCAGCAUCUGAAUUUUCUCAGAGGAGGUCGCAGCAUUUCUCAGCAUGUUUAAGCACAAAAAGUAACAAGAUGAACUAAAUUAGGACUUUUUUUUCUUAUUCUUCUGAAACGAUUUUGACCUUUUAAUCCAGCAAACGUGGAUUACUUUGUAUGUUUCCUUCCAGGUUUUGUGACUUUAAUCCUCCGCUGUCGCCAGGCAGACGCCCUCUCACGCGUGCUGCCAGGACGCCUCCCUCUGUGGCGGACGUGUCACGUUUAAUUUGAGUAAACACACUUUUAAACGAGCGGCCCACCACCACCCCCUCUAGCAUUGCUGCACCAUUCCCUGUCGCUUCAUGCCAGAAAGUGAAGCGAAGUGAAAAGCCUUUCUAUUGAUUCUACAUUGUUUGGGAAUGAAGGACAACUUUUUAAGAACAUCAACAUUUUGAACACUAAAAAACAAAAAGUCCUGGAUGAGCACAACGUUUCCCGAGCGCUAAAGUAAGACGGCAUUAAAAAACACGGAGAAAAGACGGAUCUGUUUGCUGAUAUAUUUAAGCCCCUUUUGUGGCAUUUUUCUUAUGAAUUGCUUAGCUCAAAUUUAUUUGUAGCUUUGUAUAAAAAAAAAUCCUUCCAGCUUGUUAUUAAUUUUUAUACAAUCACAGCAAAAAUCAGGGACUUUACAGAAAAAAAGAGAGAGAAAAGCAAUAAUGAAGAAAAAUGACUCGUUUAUAAUUCGUGUCCGACACCAAGAAGCACUCUGCACUACGGACUGAAGCUUGGCCUUGUUUUUAACUGGCUGAACGUGUUUUGUGAAUCCUUUUGACUGGAAUUGUGGAGAUGUCGGUAAUGACUUGCUGGAUAUUUGAUGCUGAUGCAUAAUUUAAAACAUCCGUGAACGAUGCACAGGUUCCUCCUAAUUGAAUCUGCAUGAAAACACGCGUUUUUAAGGGCCACUUCCGAAUCAUAGCACAUGCUAGGACAGCACUUUUUUCACAUUUUACAAAUGCACCUAACUUGUUCCUGCACAAUGUUUGCUCCAGGUAUGAUGAAGCUUCGUUGUCAAACGUGGCUUUGUUCAAUGCACACAGUUGAAUAUUAAAGACAUGCGUGACUACGUGAUUUUGUAACAAACAAAAAUGCUGCAGACAUGAAGCAGGUGGUGAAACGAGAGCCUCGUGGACGGGGUAAUAAAAUGACCCGAGCUGCAGAUGGGUUGCUGUCAUAUUUACCACUGAUGAGUAAAUUUACAUGACCAAAGAAGUGCUGGCCAAGGUUACAUAUUUAUAAGUCUGUUUUUGUGUAGCAAUCAUGCAAAGCUGAUUUGAAAUAUUACAUUUAAUUCAUUUCAAAUGUGAAAGGUCUUAUUUUAGCUGCAACUUUGAAGCUCUUGUAUGCUGCAUGUGGCGCCUUCUAGUGGCUCUAGUUACAAAUGGCAGCUAAACUUUAAACCCGACCUUUCCAGCUCUGCGUAAGCAUCGGUUAAGGUCCGCGAAGCUCAGAACGCCGCUGUUACAGUGAAUGGAUGUUUCCACCAACACUGCCUGCCAAAAGUCAAGUCAAUGAAGAAGUAAGAAAAAUAGCAGUUCCUCCUUCAUCCACUAGGGGCUGGCUUCAGAAAGGAGCAAGUUCUCAUUGACUCCCAUGUUAAAAAAGGCAAAUUCACAGCAGAAAUGAACAUGUUUACAGCCUGGUUCAAAAAAACAUUUUAGGUUUAAUAGCUCAAGUUUACCGUCAUGACAACUGUGAGGUGGGUGCAUUUUUUUGUAUAACUUAUCAAUUUGGGUGUAAUUAGCAGAUGAACCAUCAGCUCUAGCAGCUCCCUGCUUGCUCCAGGGAAGGCCUUAGUUUUGGUCUCACUUAAAAUGUUAGCCUAGAAGAAGGCAGAGUCGCCAAACUGCGGUUUUAUUAAAAGCGUCACCAACCUCCGUUAGCUUCAGUUAACUCGUAGCUACAUUAGCUCAGAGUGGUGAGUGUCAAUAAUCUGCCCCUACCCUCACAGCCCCCCUCUCUGUUCCAUUUUGUGUUUUUGGGGAGUGACGAAAUGCAUAACUCGACUAAAAAGGUUGCGGGAUCCGCCCACUGAGCUUCGAUUCAGUUCUUCAGAGACCUACGGGAGAGGACGCGAAGGGGCCGUCCAUUAUACAUACAAUUAGUGGUGAAGGGUUGCAUCUUGGAUGCGUCCCAGAGGCGUCUGCCAAAUUUAGGCUCUGAAUAUAUAUUUUUACUCGCUACAUUAUCGGAUUGCGACAAGCUCAGUAGUUCAGAUCGGAACAGACAGGAAGUCAAACACGGGGUCAGAGUAAAACAUCUGGGGGUUUUCAAAAUAAAAGACACAUGCAGAUUUCUUGUUAUUUAAAUAAUAAUAAUACUGCAUUGAACUUAUAUAGCGCUUUUCUAGACACCCAAAGACGCUUUCACACACUUUCACAUUCACACACUGCUAGUGAUGGUAAGCUACUUGUAGCCACAGCCACCCUGGGGGGGUCUGACAGAGGCGAGGCUGCCAUUUGGCGCCGUCGGCCCCUCUGACACCCACUAACACAGGCAAGUUGGGAGAAGUGUCUUGCCCAAGGACACAACAGCAGGAUACCCCUGGCGGGAGCUGGAAUUGAACCCAUGACCCUCCAAUCAUGAGGCAACCCGCUCUACCACCUGAGCUACUGCUGCCCCAAGUAAAUAGUAAAAAAGAAGCCUGUCAUUACCUGUGACGUCUCUGUGGCUGAGGUAAAAAACAAAAGAAACCAUAGACCUUUAUGGAGACACGCUACUGUCUUCCACUUUGCGUUUUUUGUGAACUGCCGGAAUCAUGCAUCCUCUCUCCGGCGAUUUCUUGACCUCGCAGGCUGCAGGGUAUGCUCCCAGUGGGAAAUGCAUCAUCUUAUAUUACGUGCCGCUUACGCAUCCAUUGGAAAGGCCGGGUCAGUUUGGUCAAAUAAAGGAAUGUGUUGCAUGAUUUUUUUUACCUCAAUGAUAACAGGGUUUUUUUAUAAACAUGCAACUCUGCACUAUUUAAAUAAUUACAAAUUCAGUCACUAUUUAAAAAUGUUACACACUUUCCCUUUAAUUGUUCAUAAAGCGAACAAAGUUGUGUUUGAUUUAAAUCCUAUAAUACAACUACACAGUUCUCUUUGGUCACCAAAUGUAAACUGCAAACACAUAAACAUGUUAAUAAUGCAGGAUAUUCUCACGUAAACAUAAAUAUUUACAACUAAUGAGGGCUAAAUCCAUUGGUUUUAUUAUUGUAAUGAACGUAAAGUAAAUCUGAUCGUUUUUACAUUUUAUAGAGUCACAACUAACUAAAUGAUCUUCCACUGUUUGUUACACGGGAUAUAAAAAAUUAUUUAGCUGCUGAUUUUAAAUCUAAGCAAACUGUCACAUUUUGUAACGUAAAACAUUUAUCGUCAUAUGAGCAGCGUCACGUUUGGGUCUCUUUUUUGUUGUUUUUGCACAUUUGUUUGGAAUUAGAAAGCACAGACACUGGAAGAGCUGAAUUUUCUGUACGAUGAGUGUAUGUUGAAGAGAUGUAUUCAUUUUUAUUUAUUUUAAUGUUCAUGUACAUAGAAAAAAAAGCAGAAUCCAAUGCUGUAUUCACUGUCAAAUAGGGAAAAAAAGAUCUUAAGUUGUUUUAUAACUUUACUUGAUUUUAGAUCCGUAUGUUAGUGUUUGAAAUGCAUUGUGGGUACACCAAAACUAUUACUGUUGAUUUGUGUGGACGAUCCACGACUCGUGGAAACACGCAAACGAGAAUAAGCUGGUAAGGUGAAUGCACUCACCUGUUUUAUGUAGCUUUUUGUUGGUUUCAACUUGCUAAAAAUAUUUGAGUUAAACAAAUCCCAAAGGAAGUCAGUUUGUCUCACGUUACCGGUUGAUUUAUUUCUUCUUCUUUGUUUGAAUAAAACAGUCCUAAGUGGGAUAGAAGACCAGGUGACUGAUCAGA